UUUCCUGCACUUCCACUCUGCAGGGUGUCUGUGUAUGUCUGUUUCUCAGGAGAUCAAAGUAUCUGAGGUUCUUUUAAUUUACAAUUGCUUAAAGUAGUAAGCAGUGGAAAGUUAUCACUAGUUAGUACAGAGCAGCUGGUGAGGACAAGCAGAGCACUAUGGACAGCAGCAACUCAAGCAAAAUGAACCAGACUGAAUAUAACAAUAAUAACUUGGAUGAAGUUUUUUGUCUGGAAUGUUUUUAUGAGCUGUGGAAUUCUAUGAACAAGAUUUCUCUGGUCUUCUACUACCUGACCUUGAUCCUCGGUGUUCCUGGCAAUGCAUUUGUCGUGUAUGUCGCUGGAUUGAAGAUGAAGAGGACUGUUAAUACAGUAUGGUUUCUCAAUCUAGCGAUUGCUGACCUCUUGUGCUGCCUUAACACUCUUUUCAUCGUGACCGAGAGCGCUUUUGAUCUCUCGCCUUACGCAUCCGUACUGUGCAAGAUUAUCCCUUUCAUUAUGCUCAUCAACAUGUUUGCCAGCGUUUUCACACUGAGCUUGAUUAGUCUGGAUCGGUUUACUCAGGUGAUCACACCGGUUUGGGCUCAGAAUCAUCGCAGCUUGUUCAUCGCACGACUGUCCUGUGUAUUGGCUUGGAUUCUGCCUUCAAUUCUUUGUGUGCCUUUUAUGUUAACUAAGACUUUCACAGUAAAUAACAUAACAUACUGCGAUUUUGCUGACGAUUUUAAAUUGUAUAGAAGUUUUAGCAUCAUCAGAUUUGUGAUUGGCUUUUUGGUUCCUCUCAUAUGCAUCACAACAUGUUACGGAUUAAUCGCACGCAAGUUAGGCAGGAGUCAUUUUAACUCUGGACGAGCAUUUCGUAUCAUGUCUGCUGUAAUCGUGGCCUUUUUUCUUUGCUGGCUGCCGUAUCACAUAGUAGUUUUGUUACUAACGUUCGGAGAGGAGUCCAGUCUCUAUGUGACUUGGGCAGUGCAUCCGUUGACCUUCUCUUUGGCGUAUUUCAACAGCUGUCUGAACCCCAUUCUGUAUGUUUUCAUGGGGCAGGAUUUUAAGAGCAAUGUUAAACUUUCUCUAAGACGUGUUUUUGAAAGAGUUUUCUCUGAGGAGGGAACACAAGCAUCACGAUCCACACAGCCUCAACACACACACUCAGUGUAGAGAAGAUAUCAGCUCAUUUAUACAGAGGUUUCUGAUUUAUUUUUAUUACUAUUCUAAUAAUGUUGUUCUAAUUAUUUUUUUUGAAAUUCAUCAACUCGAAAUCAGCAAGUCAUCUAACUCUUAUUCUUCAUUCCUGUGUGUUUCUCUCUGUAUUGUUGAUGUAUUUUCUAUCGUCUAUUAACUAUCGUCAAAGCUUAACAUCACAGUGAUUGAAUACUGAUGCUUGAUUAAUUAAUUCUAUGCAUAAUUCAUGAAGAAGAAAAUGUAAUUUAAAGCUUGUAAUUGUGAAUAUAACAAAAACAUUAUACAUUUAUAACAUAUAAAUUGCCUUAUCUCAGUGAUUUAGUCAUAUUGGUGUUUUUCUACUUUAGUGUUAUGGAGUUAUGGAGUUGAUUACUCAAAAGAAAAGUGCAUGAUGUAUAAACAUUGUUUUAAAUAUAAAAUGCAAAAUUUUUAAUUUUAUCAUUACUGUAAUGUUCACUGAACCUUUAAUUAAUUUGUAAUUAGAUUUUUUGGUUUUAUUGAAAAUGAGGACACGUUUGGAGGCUGCAACAAAACAACUUCCUCCUUUUCAUCACGACAGGAAAGUGACAAGGAGACACGUGUUAAAUUAAAUGACAGAUAACAGAUUUUAAGAUUCCAAAUACUUUGCUGUAAAUGUAUAUGAACAUUUCAUCAGUAGUGACACACAUUUACCUGCAAUUACUAAAACCAGCAACUGCUAAGAAACUUAAGAAGUUCCUCUUUUUCCUUUUUUAUUCUGGAGAAACUGGUCAAAUAAAUGACAGAUGACAGACUGAAAGAUCUCUAUUCCAAAUGCAUUAUCAAAUAAAAUAAACGUGUAAAUGUUCUGUUUAUAAAACUUUCUGUAAAAUUCCAUAAAAGUGACCUGAUUCUGGAUCAGUGUAGUAUUAAUUCUGCAUGUCUUUUGUAGUAUAAAUAGUGAGCAGUAUAUUCAUAUUCCUUUAAUGGAGCUUGAUAAGGACAAUAUGAGUUUAAAAUACUGAGAACCUACACGUGUUUGACCCAUGUGAUGCAAAGGAUUUAUGACAUGCCUCAUAUGAUGGCAAAAGAGCAAAUUAUUAUGUUUUUCUUAAAGAGGGACAUUUUGUAAAACAGAGUUGAACAGAAAGUGAGAAACCAUGACAAAUUAUGAAUAUUGUCUUUCUCAGAAAAAGCAUAAAUCAUAACUCAUUUAAGUUAAAGAAUUAUACUGAUAUAUAAUGUCAGGCAUUCUUAGAAAUUGCUUUGAAGAAGUAUGUUUGGUUUAAAAUCAUUCAGGCGUCUAAACUCUCAAAAUCUCUUGAACCCUCUGAGCUCUUCUUAUUUGUUGCUCUCUCAUGCUCUCGAUCACGUGCUGUUUCUGAAACUGAAGCCUCUGGACCCACUCCUCACGUAACCUGAGAGAAAACAUUGAGGAUUUAUUGCUGUGUGCACACAUAGACUUUAUAUAAUGAUGAUACAAGUGGUUUUGGAGAAUCUCAUCUCAGCAAAUAUGUUUCAUUUUUAAGAACCAUUAAACAUUUGCUGAUUAAUUUGAAAUCUAAA